GGUAAGCCCUAUUGGGGCCGCCCUUCUCCUUGCGCAGGUGGGGAAGGAGGAGUGGAGAGAAAGCGAAAGUAGUUGGGCUGGAGCCGCUGAGGUCGGAGGCAUGGCUGCUCAGAGCUCCCGGAAGCGACUUCGGGACGAAGUGACCUGCGCCAUUUGCCUGGACUUCUUCAGUGACCCAGUGAGUCUGGACUGCGGCCACAACUUCUGCCGCUCCUGCAUCACCCCGAGCCGGGCAAAGGCGCCCGCCGCCUGCCCCCAAUGCAGGGAGGCGAUCCGGCCGAAGAACUGGCAGCCCAACAGGCUGCUGGCCAACGUGGUGCAGAUCGCCAAAGAGUUGGAGCGGGAAGCGGAGCGGUGCUGCGAGAAACACCAAGAGCCGCUGAAGCUCUUCUGCAAGGAUGACAAAGCCCUCAUCUGCGUGGUGUGCGACAGAUCCAGGGAGCACCGCGAUCAUGCAGUGGCGCCUGUGGAAGAAGCUGCGGAGGAAUACAAGGGUCAUAUUUGCAGUUGUCUAGAGAAUCUGAGGAGAGAGAGAGAGAAAAUCCUGGCAUAUAAAACAGACUCAGAAGAAGAAUGUCAAGACCUGCUGAAACGAACUGAAGCAGAGAAACAAAAGAUGGUGGCCGAGUUCAGAGAGCUGCGGCAGUUUCUUGAAGAACGAGAAAACUUUCUGCUAGCUGAAGUGAAAAAUAUAGAGGAGGAGUUUGUAAAGAACAAGGAGGAGCACCUGGCCAGAAUCUCCAAGGAACUCUCUUCUCUUGAUGACAUCAUUCAGGAGUUGGAGGGAAAGCGCCAGCUGAUAGCGAGUGAGCUCCUGCAGGAUGCUAGCAGCAUCCGGCAGAGGUGUGAGCAGAAGCAAAUGUCUGAGAAUCUGGUUGUGUUUCCUCUUAAACUAAAAUGGAAAGUGUGGGCAUUCUGUGAAAUCAGUCCCAUUCUGGAAAAUGUCAUGAAGAAAUUCAAAGGCACUCUGCCCUAUGAAAACCGGCCGCAUAAAGAAAAUGUGACACUGGAUCCAGGCUCUGCCCAUCCUCUGCUCCUCAUAUCGAAUGACCGGAAAUGUUUGACAUUAGGAGACAAAAAGCAGGAUCUGCCCGCUGACUCUAGGAGAUUUGUUGACUAUCUGUGUGUACGUGGUGAAAGUUAUUUUAUGUCACAGAUGUGCUACUGGGAUGUGGAGGUGGGGAAAGAAGAAGGGUGGGCAGUGGGCAUCUGUGGGUUCAGUAUUGUUAUUAAAAAAGAUGAAUACCUGGGACCUAAGACAAGAGUCUGGGCCAUUGGGAAAUGGAAUGGAAAGUACCGAGCAGUCAUUCAUCCCCACAAUCCUCCUUUGUCUUUAAGCGGGGAACCCAGAAGGAUCCGAGUGAUUCUGAGCUGCAUGGGGCAAAAGGUGUCUUUUUUUGAUGCUGAUACCGCAGCCCUGCUCUACUCUUGCAGAUUACUGACACUAUUUCCAAUGUACCAGCCUUUCUUUUGGCUUUGGAAGAAAUCCCAGCUCCGAAUCUGUCCAUGAGACAUGGAGAAGCAAAUCCCAAUUUACAAGUCCUUUCAGCCAAGCCAUCAGCAACUGCUGUUUCUGUGGCCAUGAAGUCUCAUUAUAGACCAAGCUACAGGUUUCAACCUUGAGUCCCUUAUCAAAUUCUUCCAGUGCUCUUGUGGAACAGCUUUCUUUUGGUAUAACUGAGCUUCUUUGGGAAAAAAAAGGAAUAAUGACAGGAAGAUCCAGUGAGGGGGAAUGCUUCACCAAUGGGUUAAGGGAAGGGACACAAAUUUGAGGUGGGGGUGAGGUGGCUUGCCAGACACACUUCUAUUUACACAGUUAUUUUUUGUAAGAGGGCCAGUUGUUAAGGAGGUUCAGCCGUAAAUUUAUUUUGAGGAAAAAUAAUUACUGUAUUUUAGAAUUAAGACAUAUAUAUUCUGAAAUUUAGUUGAGGAGAGGCUGUGGCAUGCGGAAGUUCUCACGGUCAGUCCUUGGCAUCUUUAGUUAAAGUUAAAGCUGUGGGUGAUGUCAAAGACCUCUACCAAUACACUGAAUCGAACCAUUGGUCUAUUAAUGGUCAGUACUGGCAGUUUUUCAGGGCCAGGCAGCUUCAUGUGUAAGGUUUUUUUUAGAAUACUUUCGGAGUGGUUGCAGUAAAGUUGAUUCUGUCAUACAGUUGUGUCCUUAAUUUGUUUCAUUUUUCCUUAGCUUUGUGCCACCAAUAAAGGAUUUACAAAGGUUUAAAAAAUGAAGGUAGAAAAGUGGUUUUACACUAAGUGCUUAUUGCUGGGGACAGAAAGUCUCUUGAUUUAGCCAAUACACAGCAAUUUGAGCAGAAUUUCCUGGCUUUUUAAAAAGAGGGAUUGCAGUAAUAAAGCUCGUGUGCUCUAGCGGUUAGUGUCAGACUGGAAUGUGAGAGACCUAGCUUUAAACCCCUCACUCUCAACCUAAACUACCUCACAGGGUUUUUGUGAAGAUAAAAUAAGGACAAUAGAGCCUGCAUGCUGCCAAGUCUGGUCACUCUCCAUAGGAGUAGGGGAAUGGGGAACGGGCAGAACAGCUGGGAGCUGGUUAUCUCCUGAAGAUGGUUUCCUGCAGGGCUGACUCUUAAAGCUAGGCAGAUUGAAGUGGUCUGUUGCAAUUAGUAGGUAGUUAAGUCAGUUAUUUGGGUGACUAUAUUUGUUGACCUGGGGAGAGGCACCAUUUGGAUUCUUCUACUUGAGACAGCAAAAUGCGUUCAGCCAUCUCUGACACCGGACCCUCCCUCAUUAUGAGCGUCCCCUUUGAACAGCCUUUGUUUCUCGUUCACAGCUGAUCUGCGGUGUAUCUUUAUGCAAUGACUCAGCUGGGCGAAUGGAAGGGAGAGGGAAGGGGCUUGCCAAGCCAUGGCAGGCGGUUGCAGUUGUUAUUGCAUCACCACUUUGGGGCUGAUACGAUGUAGAGAAAGGGCCAGCAGUGGGAGUGGUGACAGCAGCAAGGAUGCGGAGAUGAGGCGAACAAAUGUCUUUCCGACAGUGUCUAUGCUACAUGCUUCUUCUUCCACAUCAGGGUUUCUUAUUUCAACCCAUGCACAGAAGCGGCAUCAGAGGUAGAAAGAAAUUGUUUUGAAAUUGUGCUCUGCCAAAUCGGAAAACAAGAGAAUUAGGAUGUUGAAUGCUAAUAAGAAUGUUAUAUCAAAAUGAUUCCCUCUCUUCCCGCCCCUCCUCAAAGUGUGUAGAGUGAGCAUGGAUGAAACCCUUAGUUCUCUAACAUCAAAAGAGUACCGUUGGUUGAGCUGGGGUCUGUGCAGAUCUGCCGUGAGCAUGGAAAACUCGUAGUCAAACAUCAAGGCUGAAGGCUGCAAUUCAGUGCCCUCUUUCCUGAAAGUAACCCGAUUAUACAAAGCAGGAGUAAAUGCCGAAUGAAAUACGUGAGACUUGGCUGCAUCCCUUUGUGAGGGAAAUAAGAUCCAAUUCAGUUGUUGAACUCAGAUGCGAUGAUAAAGGCUGCCUUUUGAAGGAGAGUUUUUCUCCCAUAACUAAGCUGACGGGUGAUUAUUUUGGUCAGUGCAUUGGAAAACAAGCUGUCCACCCCUUGGAAAGACCCAGCAUGACUUUGCAGGCCUCAAGUGGUGAGUAGCAGUGCACACUGAAAAUUCCAUUCCAUUUUCAGAUCUGGGGGUUCCAAAUCAAGUAUGCACUGGGUUUUUUUUCAGCCAGAGUAUUCCUGGCUCAGAUCUAACCUGUUAUUUUUUUUCCAAUGCAAUGCGGACUUCCAGGCAGCCAUUUUUGCACUGAAUGGCACCAAAAUCUCACAGAACACACUUCUCCCUCUAAACAAUUGAUCCAGCACCACUACAUGGGCAAGUGGGCAAGUGUCAGCAGGUGCAUGUAGCAAGAAACUGGUUAACUAAAGGAAA